GUGUGACGCUUCUUGAGAUUUUUCCAAGUGACGGCAACAGUACGGAUGUAAGGAUCAAGGAUAGGAUCGUCGAUAAAAGAGGCAGCUGCAUUCCUUUCACCAUUACGUGGAGUUCACGAGGUUGUGGCAAGUUUUUGGAACUACUCUCGGAAGGUUUGUCCAUUUGCGUGGAGCGUCCCGGUAACGAGAGUCUGGACAAAUACGUGGGCGUGAACAAGUGGAAGCUAUCGACCAAUAUUGCUGGUAGCAGCAAUCAAUAUAGCCAAUCGACCAGUUCGAUCUGCCACGGAAGAUGGUACGGCGAUUCGAAGCUGGUAGAUUGUCACGAUUGGCGAUGCGUCCGAAAAUCGACCCCGUACACCACGCAAUGGCUCCGACGUCGACGUCGCAGGGGAGCAAAUAGCAAUGCCGUUGUCAACAAUACGGAUAGAGUCAUGAGAAGGCGAAGAAGAGGCAGACGACGGAAGAGGAGUAGAAGAAGAAGGCGCGACGUCGCUGUCGCGAAGCGGUGAAUGUUUUCCGGAGAUCUAUGUUCUCCGACAGCUCUUGUGAAUGUCAUCGGUGUUAGAAUCCCUUUCUCCUAUCUAUUAUUAUUUAUUAAUUAUGCAGGAUAUAUCGUAAGAUACUUCAAUAUGAGAUUCUUUGAGAAACUCUAUUCUAAUUUGAUCGAGCAGUCAGGUUUUUUUCGUAACAAAAAUAUUGAGGUCUCAAUUUGAAACUAUAAUUAACUGAAAGCCGACUUCACUUCGCAAAUUAAGCUUCAAAGCUACAGGUAGAUAGACAAACGAAAACUUACUUCUUAUUUAAGUUCGACUGUACUUUAAUAGGAUUUUAAUUUGAGACUAUUUCAUUUGACUGAGGCAUUUAAUUUUAAGAAUUAGAAAGAAUUAGGCGUCCAAUUAAAUUUUUCGCUGCAGAAAAAUUAGCUUCGAAUUAGUCAAAGAAUCCAUUCUUAAAAUGUACGCAAACUUUAUGGU